GUGAGUUGUUUUUACGUGAUCUCAGGAAGAUUAGAGUGCUCGAUUUGAUUGAGUCAGAGUUGGUAGAAGAUGAAGUGGACUGGAUUUCAUGUUUUCCACAGAAUGGAACUUGUCUCGAGUCUUUGAUAUUUGACUGUGUGGACUCCCCUAUUAAUUUUGAGGCAUUGGAGAGACUUGCGGUUAAGUCACCGUCUUUGAAGAAGCUUAGAUUGAAUCGACAUGUAACAAUUGUGCAGCUCUAUCGUUUGAUGGUUCGAGCUCCACAGCUCACCCACUUGGGAACUAGUUCAUUUGGCCCCGGAGAGAUUGUUGCUCAGGGUGAACAGGUGCCAGACUACGUUUCUGCUUUUGCUGCAUGCAAAUCUCUAGUUUGCCUUUCUGGAUUCAGAGAAAUCAAUGCUCAUUAUCUGCCUACAAUAGUUCCAGUGUGUGCUAACCUUACCUCUCUGAAUCUUAGCUACGCCACAAUCAGUACUGAACAACUGAAAUCCUUUAUCUAUCAUUGCCAUAAGCUCCAGACUUUGUGGGUGCUUGACUCGGUAUGCGAUGAAGGACUGCAGGCAGUGGCUGCAACAUGUAAAGAUCUCCAUGAGCCAGUGCAGGUGUCAUUUGGGAGAGAUUAA